AUAUGGCGGAACGACCGAUCUGGCUUAGAAGGAAAAUUGGGGGAAUUUUGCUCGACAUUUCUGGUGUUCUUUACAACACUAGUGAGGAAGGUGGUGAAGCUAUUCCUGGAUCUGUUGAAGCAGUUGAGAAGCUGAAAGCAGCUGGUUACAAGGUGCAGUUUUGCACAAAUGAAGAUACCUGCACAAGAGAGCAGCUUGUCCAUAGACUUGGACAAUUUGGAUUCAACCUGUCAGCCAGUGAACUAUUUGCACCAUCUCCUGUUGCAAGAAAAAUUCUUCAGGAACGUAAGCUACGUCCAUUACUUUUGAUUCACCCAAGAGGACUUGCCGAAUACCAGGGAAUGGAUUGCAGUAAUCCCAACUGUGUUGUUGUUGGUGGAGCUGAAGAUCAGUUUACUUAUGCACGCAUGAAUGAGGCCUUUAGACUACUUUUAACUUCUGAUGAUCCAGUUCUUUUUGCUUUAGGACAUGGGCGCUAUUACAAAAAUGGCUCUAAUCUGGUCCUAGAUGCAGGUCCAUAUGUAAAGGCAUUAGAAUUUGCUUGCGAUGUUAAAGCUGAGAUUAUUGGCAAACCUUCAGCUAAUUUUUUUCUAACUGCUUUGGACAAGAUUCAAGUAUCACCUGAAGAUGCAGUUAUGAUUGGAGAUGACAUUGUAUCAGAUGUGGGUGGGGCUCAGGCAUGUGGAAUCAGAGGAGUGCAAGUUAGGACUGGAAAAUAUAGGCCUGAAGAUGAAAAUCACCUGGCUGUAAAACCUGAUGGAUAUGUGGACAAUCUGGCACAAGCUGUGGAGCUUAUCCUCAAAUACAAUUGAGCAGCGUAUUAUGAAUGAGUGAAUAAUUGUUCAAUGACAAAGGAUCCUCUAGUUUCAUCAAAAGAAAGUCUUGACAUAAGAAAAGAGUUCAAACCAGAAAGGAAUGGCUUCAUACAUCAACAUGUUCACCAUCUUACUGGUUUGGUAACAUACCAGGCUGCCCAGAUGUCAUGUGCAAAGAUCUAUCGAGCUACAGAAAUGUGCUAGUAAUUAAAAAAAAGGGGAUGUUUGAAUUAUGAAACUAACUUCACAAAAAUAUAUGGUAUUCAUAUUUAGCAUAAGAACUUUACAAUAAUUGAAACGAAGAAACAUUUAUUUCUACCUGAAAUCAAGUUACAUGCCAAAAGUAACAUAAAUUGUUUGGCAUGCAUAAGUAAUACAAGUUUUGCAAAGUCUGACCUUCUGUCUCCCUACUAGGUUAGCUCAUACUUCAGGCCACAAAGAUAUCAAAUCACAAUCUGUUUUCUUUAUUGAAACAUUGAGCAAAGGAAUUUAAGUUUUAAGCCAAUGAGGUUUCCCUUUUUCUCCAAUUCAAAAGAUAUCUAGAGCACAAUCAAUUUAUGGCAGUCUAACAUGUACAUUGCUUCUCCUCUUUGAGCUUAAGACAUUUUAUUGCUUAUUCUAAAUCUGAUUUAAACUUGGCUAAGAAAAAGCACUUCAAUUUGUGCUGAUAUGUUUUUCUCUAUUUUUAACCUCUAACUGAUAAGGUUAGGGAAACAAGAAAUUCUUCUAUAUUCCACUGA